AGUUUAAAUGAAAGUGAACGAUGGACGACAGAACUGUCGACCAAAUUUUCGCCGGCAGUUUAGACAAUUUGCCGCCGGUCAGUUCGAAAAUCGUCAGGAUUUUUACCAGUUCUACGUUUACAGAUACAACAAUGGAAAGAAACACUUUGAUGGCGAAAUGUUAUCCAAAAAUUAAGGACUAUUGCAGAGAAAAACAUGGACUCGAAUUCCAGGUUGUCGACAUGCGUUGGGGCGUUAGAGACGAAGCAACGGACGAUCACAUGACCACUGAGCUGUGCAUGAAAGAAAUCCAAAACUGUCAACGUUUAUCGAUGGGUCCCAACUUUGUGGUGUUCCUGGGACAGAAGUACGGCUACAGACCCAUCCCCACGUACAUUCUUUCCUCCGAACUUCAAUUAAUUCGUGACGAACUGGCGAACACCGGACACGAUCCGACUUUGAUCGACACGUGGUAUAGAAAAGACAGCAAUGCUGUGCCGCCCAUUUCGGUACUUCAACCAAUUUCAUCCAUCCUUGUCAACUUUAACAACAAAAGGAUACCGAAAUUGCAAGCGGAGGAUCAAGCUAAAUGGUGGGACACUUUGAGUAAGUUCCAGAAACUGUUCAGAAAAGCAGCAGCCUCCUUAAACCAACAAGGAAAAAUGGACGACGACGCCACCCAUAAUUAUUUCAUGUCUGUAACCGAACGAGAAGUUAUCAACGGGAUCCUGAAUGUUAAGAACACAAAAAACCAUUGUUUGGCCUACAUCAGAUACAUAAAUAAUAUUAAUUUGCAAAAUCUUAAAAAGGCUUCCCUAUUUGUGGACAUAAUUAACAGAAGUUUGGACACGGAGUCGUCGAAGUUGUUGGCGAAUUUACGGGACGAAAGAUUGCCGAACAAAAUCGAAAGCAGCAACAUUCAAAAAUAUACUGUGGAGUGGAUAGGAAGAGAAGGUCUAGACAACGAGACGCACGAAGAUUAUUUAAAACACUUCAUCACCCAUUUUUACAAGAAUAUUAUUAAAUUGGUGGACAGGGCGAUGAGGAAAGAAGACUCAAGUGCUCAGGGACAAAUUGUGACAGAAAUUUUGCAACAUUUACACGCCUGCAAUAAUUCCGUCAAGGUGUUUUACGGCAGAGAGGAUAAUCUGGAGCACAUUCAUCGAUACAUGGUCGGAGACUCGGAUAAAAUCUUGGUGUUGUACGGAGAAGGAGGUUGCGGUAAGACCUCCCUCCUCGCCAAAGCGGCGAGCAUGUCCACAAGUACCGAAUGGUUCGAAAACUCCAAACCCAUCAGCAUCAUAAGAUUUCUUGGCACGACUCCGGAUUCCUCGGCGUUAACACCCACCUUAAUAUCUAUAUGCCAACAAAUACACUACAAUUUUAUGUUGCCAUUCGAGGGAAUCCCCGACGACUUGGUACCGUUAACGGCACAUUUUAAACAUUUGUUAACAAUGUCGACGAAAGAACAGCCGUUACUCUUGUUCUUGGAUUCGGUGGAUCAGUUAACGGGUACCCAGGACGCGAACAAAGUGUCCUGGAUACCCACCAGGUUGCCGCCUUUCUGUAAAAUCAUCGUGUCCUGUGCGCAGGAGGAGAGCAAUCCGGAAGUCUCCAAAGAAUACCACAUACUCAGACGCAUGAUUGACGUAGAGGAACAGUUUAUUGAAGUGAAGGCACUGGGGGAAGACUUGGCGAUGAGAGUCAUCAAAAUGUGGAUGAAGACGGCUUGCAGAGACUUGACGAAUUACCAAUGGAGGCUGGUGUCGAACGCCAUAGACAAAUGCAGUCUUCCCAUCUUCGUCAAGUUGGUUUUUGCGGAGAUUUGCCGCUGGAGGAGCUACACCAAAUCUCAAGACACCACUUUGGCAUCCACCGUUAUGGAUUCGAUCAUGAUGCUCUUUGAGAUAAUCGAAAAAAAGCAUGGUAGAAUAUUGGUGUUCCACGCGUUGGCGUACAUUACGGCAGCCAAAAGUGGGUUGUCCGAGUCGGAACUUGAGGACUUGAUAUCUUUGGAUGACAAAGUGUUGGACGACGUGUACCAGUACCAUCUACCGCCAGUCAGAAGAAUCCCUCCCCUGUUGUGGACGAGGAUCAGAAAUGAUUUGCCCAAUUAUCUGUCAGAAAGAGAGGCUGACGGAGUGAGUGUCAUGAACUGGUACCACAGACAGUUCCGGGAGGCAGCCAAGGAACGGUACUUCAAAAACAUGAACAUGGCCAUGUACUUUCACUCGAUGAUCGCCGAUUACUUUUUGGGAAUUUGGGGCGGCGGUAAACCGAAACCUUUUAAAUACACCGAGAUCCAAAGACACAGAUUUAACUUGACCGAUAAAGAAGGCGUGGCUGAUCGUAAAGUGCCGGUUCAGCCUUUGUUGUUCAUGUCCAAGGACGGUAAAAUAUCCAGAUACAACUUGCGAAAGUUCGGAGAGUUGCCCUUCCAUCUGGUGAGAUCUAGACGGUUCAAGGAUUUGUACGAGAACGUUCUGUUCAAUUACGAGUGGUUGCACGCAAAAUUGUCUUCCUGUCCUUUACAAGCUGUCCUGGCAGAUUACGAGGAUGCCUCCACCAACAUCGACAACAAAGACUCCAAAAGGGAGCUGAUGUUGGUGGCAGACGCAUUGAGAUUAGGCGGCGCAGUCUUGGGCCAAUAUCCCAACAUGCUGGCCCCCCAAUUAAUCGGAAGACUUUUGCCGGAAGUGGAGUCCAAUCCGAACAUAAAAAUGCUACUGAACGAUUGUGACGUAAAAGGUCCGAUGCACUGCGCCCUUUUGCCUUUGUAUCACUGCUUGCACACACCUGGAGGACCACUCAAAUACUCUCUGGAAGGUCACCAAUUUGCGGUGUUUUCAAUAUGUUUAACAUCAGAUUACCGCUACAUUGUGUCGAUUUCCAACCGUUUCAUUACUUGGGACUUGUCGACGAGCGAUUUAACACGCGACGUCAAUCCGAACAUAGAAGGAAUAAUGCAGCAUUUAGUCCUGAGUCCGGACAACAAAUGGGCGGCUGCUUACACCAACAACAAUCAAACCGUCCUUUUGAACAUGCUCUCAAGUGAAUACGUGACCAUCGAUAAUCCGUUAACAGACGAAUCUCCCGUCAUUGGAAUUUACUUAUUAAAUUAUAAUUUGUUCAUUUAUGGUGCCGGUUCUUGGUUCAGAUACGAUAUGAGAGGCAACUUUGAGGAGGAAUUUAAUGUUAGAAACGUUGACAAAAGUGAAUGGCCAAUUCUUUCCAUGGAGUUUGACAACAAAGAAGAAUACCGCAUAAUUUUCUGGAAAAACAGCUUGGAAGACGAGAAAAUGUUGUUUUUAUAUCACAACAACGCGGGAGGAGAUUUUGAAAUGAAAAGUUUUCGCGGAGCAAUGAUAACAAACGCUAAUAAAGAUGUCUUGUAUUGUUGCGCCAACGAAAACGACUACACGGUUUCGAAAUUCAUCAGGAACGACUCCGAAAAAGUUUGGGAGUUCGUCGAAGACUUGCCUAAACUGGACGACGAAGCUGAAGCGAUGCUUCAGCUGAAAUUGGGCUCGCAGGACACAAUUUUAUACGGAACGACAAGUAACGGAUUUGUUAUUUGGGACUUGAACGAAGAUAACAAAGCGACGGUUUUGACACUUCCCUACGGAACCAGAAACAUCACAACUAAAAUGCUCCAAUCAAACUCGAUAAUGCUGAGCGGCCACAAAAAUUACGCCAUUGCAGGAGUUCGGAAAAAUUUGUACGUGUGGAGCAUGGAAAGUCGUAACUUGAUGAAAAUCUUGGACGCACAUUUCGGUAGAAUCAUACAACUGGAAGCGUUGACAAUAGGAAACUGGAACAGCAUCGUCACGUCGUCGAUUGAUCGCACCGUCAAAGUGUGGAACAUCAACAACAUAUUCGAACAGGUGCACGUAAUCGACAGACACGAGUUGCAAGUCGAUUCCAUCAGUCUUUCGGAUAAUUUGAGUUUGGCAGUGACGGCAACCAGGAACUGUGUGGGAGUUUGGGACUUGAGGAUCGGGAAACUCGUCUGCAAACUCGCCGACAGUCCUUUGGGAGCGAUCGUCACGCACGCCAUCAUCACCCCGGAUGGAAAGUACAUAAUAUCGGCAGAAACUGGAAAUUUAUUGAUUUGGCUGAGACUGACGCAACAGGUGGUGUUCAAAGACGAACAACCGGGCAUCAAACAACUGACUUUAAUCGAUUCGGGGACGAAAGUCUUAUCGAUUUCCAAGCCGAGCAAUCCACCGGGCUCGGAUCUGGUGCGAACGGUGGCCACCGUUUGCCUACGCGAAAUACCCAGUGGCGAAAUGAUUUACAGUUUCGAGUAUCCGGUGAGGAGUAUCACCGGUGUCCCGUUCAGACCCGCCGUCGUUACCAGUGAUAAUCAACAUUUAGUUGUUUCUGCAGCCGACAAAACUAACAGAGACUGUUUAAUUGUUCACAACGCCCAAAAUGGGGCCCCGGUUCACAAAAUUACACUGAAACAAUGCGGAAUCAAAGACAUUUCUGGACUAGUUGCGAUGCCACACAAAGGACACCAAGUGGCGGUUCUUUCCACCGAUAAAGGAGCAAUCGUGGACAUUAAAAGCAAAAAGCAUUUAAGAACCAUUCCCAAAUGGGGAGGGAGCAUAACUAAAGAUGGAAAAUACGGUUUAUACGCUCCUUCAAGAGGUGGUUUGGAGUUGUUGGAGUUGAAAAAGGGAAACUCUGUUAAAACGUACAUUCCGCGAGUUGCUGAAGGAGUUUUCACAAUAAUUUGCUUGUUUAACAAAACAGACGAGUACGUAUUGUAUUAUCACAGCGGAAAGAAAACUUUACGAGUAUUCAGGACGGAAGAUGCAGAAAUGGUGGCGAAUUACAGGGUGCAAGCUGAAUUAACGGCCGUCGAAAGUACUCCGGAUGGUAAAGCGUUAGUUUUGGGUACUGUGGACGGUUGUGUUUCCGUUUUGGCGAUUGUGGACACUGAGAAAAACGAUAUGAACAAGUAUUUGGCCGAAAUGCCUUCCAGAGAUGAAGGAUGGAAGAAGAAGGUGCAAAAACAAAAAGCUCAAACAAGAUUUAAAGCAGUCGGAACAAUCGCCCGACUUUCAACUACAUUUUGUAAUGAAACUUCGACAAAUAUUGAAGGAAAAGCUACAGAAAAUUCCCAAGAAGAACAUUCUGAAACACCCGCUUAAGCAUAUAUUAUAUAUAUUUCGUUUAAUGUUUUAAUGUUCAUUUUAAUUCGAAGAUUCAAAUAAUCUUUUAAAAUGCGUAGAUUGUAUAAAUUAUUAAAAUAUUUAUUUAAGUGAGUA